GAAUUCUCUGCCAAUUCCCAAAUUGGGUAUACCAGGAAUUCAGAAGCCUCGAUUUCUCAAGGCUAUUGGAAUAGGAUAAAUUAUUUGCAGGAUUUUGAGGUUCUUCAAUAGUUUAGGCAUGGCGCCGACAAGUUUGCCGCCAGGGUUCAGAUUUCAUCCCACAGAUGAGGAGUUGGUUGAUUAUUACUUGAAGAGAAAAGUUCAUGGCCAGAAGAUCGAACUUGAGGUCAUUCCCGAGGUUGAUCUUUACAAAUGCGAGCCCUGGGAUUUACCUGAGAAAUCUUUACUCCCAAGUUUCGAUAUGGAAUGGUAUUUUUUUUGUAUGAGGGACAAAAAGUAUCCUAAUGGUUCACGAACAAAUCGAGCAACAGAAGUAGGUUAUUGGAAGGCUACAGGAAAGGAUCGUAAGGUCAACUCCCAUAUGCAUUCCAUUGGAAUGAAGAAGACUCUUGUGUUUUAUAGAGGACGAGCUCCUCAUGGUUCUCGAACAAAUUGGAUCAUGCAUGAAUAUCGUCUUGAUGAAAAGGAAUACGGAGAUUCAACUUAUUUACAGGAUGCUUAUUCUCUGUGUCGAGUCUUCAAGAAAAGUGGAGCAGAGCCAAGAUAUGGAGAAUCGCAUGACGGUGCCGUGGGUUUCUGUAAUGGCAACAUGCUUGAACUGCCACAAGAAUUAUCACCACUACCAUUUCAGAACAAUGGACGAACAAUAUCUACUUUUCCAUCCGAAUCUUCUUUUGAUGUCAUGAUGAGCGACAAUGCUGUUGUAGAUGAAUGGUUCCACUUUGUGCCUGACGAAACUGGCACCUGCAACAUCUACCAGUCGCCUAAUGAAUCUACAAUUUGUCAUCUCAAUGUUGAGAGAAUUCCCGGAUUUGAGUAUGAGAAUUCUGUAGCAGUUGAAGGGCUAAGUCUUUCCAAUUCAAGGAUGCUUACUAGAUUCUUCGAACAAUCCAUUUCAUCCGCUGCAGAAGAGGAAGAAGAAGACAUGGUAGAGCAGAUUUACCGAGAUGCACAGGCAUCUCAGAAGAAUAACAAUGCAAACCAACUUGAUGAUUUCCACUCUGAAAGAAGCUUAGAAAGUUAUGAGCAGAAAACCAAUACAGCACAAGCAGAAGUAGGUGCUUUAUUUCCAUUUUUUAUACAGGAUGAGAAUCUUGGAGGUCUGUUUGACAUGGAGGAACAACCUCUCUUCUUGAACAAUUACAUUAUGCAGCAGAGUUCAGAUCCAGAGGUGAGAUUUUCAAAUGCAUUAUGAACUAAUUGAUAAUGAUUUUAGAGUACUGCAAACUUUGUAUAUAGCUUAGGUUAAUAUGUCAGAACAGUUCAUUGAACAUGUUUAAUUUGCGAAUCUAACAGGCUUUGUUAGAUCAGCAAAAGUUAUAUCGAAUAAAUAAUUCCAUUUUUUCCAGUUUCAUACUGUGAU